CGAAAUUCAAAAUCCCUCAUUUCUUUUCUCAGUUGAUUUAACCCUCUCCCCCGCGCCACUCCCACUCUCCCUCUCAAUUUCCAAUUCUACCCUCGCUUCCGCCGACCUAGGGUUUUCGGAAAUGCCGGUGCAGCUGACGCCGAACGCGGUCCCGAUCAUCAACGGCGGCGAUGUCAACCUGAAGCCGCUGAUGCAGGUCACCGACGUCAAGCUUAUCGGCUCGCAGGAGAGGUACCGGCUCCUGCUCUCCGACGGCGUCUGGGCUCAGCACGCCAUGGUCGCGACUCAGCUCAACGAGCUGUUCAAGACCGGCCGGGUCAGGAAAGGCUCCGUCGUGCAGCUCACCGAGUACAUUUGCAGCGAAGUCCAGAACCGCAAGAUUAUUGUGGCGCUGAAUAUGGAAACUAUUGUACUGGACUCAGAGAUUAUUGGGAAUCCAAAACCAUAUGGUGAGUCUGGUCCAACUGCUCAAACUGCGUUGCCAAAGAACAAUUUUGAGCAGUCUGCCUAUGGCAACAAUCAUAUGAUGGGCCAAGGGCCUGUUCCCAAAUGGCAGAAUCCCAGGCCUUCUUUUCAUCCUGAAAACUCUGUUCCCAGUAUGCCAAGUGCCAGACCAACAUACCAGUCCGAAAGCUUUUAUAACAAUGUUCCGAAUCCCAGACCUACAUUUCGUCCUGAAAUGUCAGCUCCCAGUGUGCCAAAUUUCCGAGCUACAGUGCAACCUUCCUACCAGCCACCUCCACAGUAUAAAAAUCGUGGUACCGUGUUCAAGAAUGAGGCACCAGCACGUAUUAUACCUAUUAAUGCUCUGAAUCCUUAUCAGGGAAGGUGGGCAAUCAAGGCAAGAGUCACUGCGAAAGGGGAUCAGCGUCGUUAUAACAAUGCUCGAGGAGAUGGUAAGGUUUUCUCUUUCGACCUCCUUGACUCUGAGGGUGGGGAAAUAAGAGUGACCUGCUUUAAUGCUGUUCUUGACCGCUUUUAUGAUAUUAUUGAGGUUGGGAGAGUUUACUUGAUAUCAAAGGGUAGCUUAAAACCUGCGCAGAAGAACUUUAAUCAUCUGAAGAGUGACUGGGAGAUAACUUUGGAUGCGAGUUCAACAGUGGAACUGUGCCCUGAUGAAGAUGGUUCUAUACCAGCCCAGCUGUUUGACUUCAAGCCUAUUAGUGCAGUUGAGAGUGCUGAGAGUAAUUCUAUACUUGAUGUUAUUGGUGUUGUGACUUCUGUCAACCCUUCUACUACUAUCCUGAGAAAGAAUGGUAUGGAAACUCAGAGAAGAAUUCUGCAUCUGAAGGAUUGGUCUGGCAUGAGUGUUGAGAUAACCCUAUGGGGGGAGGUUUGUAACAGGGAAGGUCAAAGACUGGAAGAGAUGUUGGCUUCUGGUGUUUUUCCAGUUUUAGCUGUCAAAGCUGGGAAGGUUAACGACUUCAGUGGGAAAUCCAUAGGAACAAUUCAUUCUACCCGGCUGUACAUCGACCCCCCAGAUUUGCCCGAGGCUCGUCAGGUGAGGGACUGGUUUGAUCGAGGGGGAAAGGAUGCCGCUUCCGUGUCCAUCUCUAAGGAAUUUAUGCCAGGAGGUGUAACUAAGAAUGAGAUACGCAAAACUGUUUCUCAGAUCAAGGAUGAAGGUCUUGGAAGAUCAGAUAAGCCAGACUGGGUCACUGUGAGGGCCACAAUAUCUUUCAUUAAAACUGAUUCUUUCUGUUACACAGCAUGCCCAUUGAUGAUUGGAGAUAGGCAGUGUAGCAAGAAAGUGUCGAGGUCAGGAGACAGAUGGCAGUGUGACAGGUGCAAUCAAGAAUUUGAGGAGUGUGAUUAUAGAUAUCUUCUUCAAGCUCAAAUUCAGGACUCUACUGGAUUGACUUGGGUGACGGCUUUUCAGGAAUCAGGGGCAGAGAUCUUGGGUUGCACAGCAAAGGAGUUGUACUUCUUGAAGUAUGACGGGCAGGAUGAGGAAAAGUUUGCAGACAUAGUCCGGAGCAGUAUUUUCAACCAUUUUAUGUUAAAGCUUAAGAUCAAGGAGGAGUUGUAUGGCGAUGAGCAGAGGGUGAAGAUCACAGUGGUUAAGGCAGAUACGGUGAACUAUUCUGCAGAGAGCAGAUACAUGCUCGAUGUGAUUUCAAAGUUUUCUAGGUAAUCAACAAGUUCCAUUUCCUUACUUGGAGAUUAUAUACCAUCAUAUUGGAGAAAGCUAGUAAGUUAGCACAUUAUCAUUUUAUUCAUUUAUAUAAUG